CUCUCUCUCUCUCUCUCUCUCUCUCUCUCUCUCUCUCUCAUCCCGAAACUUCUCUGCAACUCGUCUCCGACCUCCUACCUUUUCUCUGCGGAGCGAUCCGAAGCAAGUCAAGAUGCUGCGAUCGGCCCCUUCGUUCUCGGUGUUCGUGUCGACCGACGAUGAAGACGGUCAUCACCGCCCGGAGGAGGCUUCGGAGGCGGGCGAGGCGCUCCGGAGGACGACCACGACGAUCGCGGAUGGCGUACCGGCCGUCUGCAGUGAGGAGUUCAGCUUCGGGAGGAAGGCGAUGGGAUCGAUCGAGGAGGAGGGCGAUGACGAUGGCGCAGGCAACGCUGGAGGAGCGGAGGAGUCGGGGUGUAGGAAUGACUCGAGUGCUGGCGAUGAUGUGGAGCGCGAGCCGGCGAGCCCUCCCAUGUAUAUCGCCGCAGGUCUCGGAAUCGGGAAUGCUGAUUUCGGCGGCGAAUCGAACGGCGGUCUCGCAUUGAAUCCGCCGGAAUUUGACGGCUUGGGCGACGCGGAGGAAUAUUACGAGAGGAUGGUGAAUGAGUUUCCGUGCCAUCCCCUGUUCUUGAGGAACUAUGCUCAGGUUUUGCAGUCAAAGGGGGAUCUUCAUGAAGCAGAGGAUUACUCCUAUCGUGCUACACUAGCCAACCCCGAAGAUGGUGAGAUUUUAGCGCAGUAUGCUAAAAUAGUUUGGGAUCUCUAUCAUGAUAAAGAGAGAGCUUUAACCUAUUAUGAGCGUGCAGCUCAAGCCGCUGCAAACGAUAGCCAUGUCUUAGCAGCAUAUGCUGGUUUCCUUUGGGAGAUAGAGGAUGAGAAUGUAACAGAUGGAGUACAAGAAAAUCAUCUCCAGGGUAACUUGGAUGAGAAAGACGUUUUGACCUCCGAGAAAGACAUUCCUGUGACCGGGUUUGACAUUGCCAAUUUUACUGCAACUUGUACCGACGGCAAAAAUGUUGAAGAAAAUUAUAAACAGAUGAUUGAGGAAGAUCCAUCCAACCCUUUGAUUCUGAGAAGUUAUGCUCAGUUCUUAUAUCAGGGGAAGCAAGAUCUUGAAGGAGCUGAGGAGUACUAUUCACGUACUAUUCUUGCUGAUCCAAUGGAUGUUGAAGCAUUGGUAAUGUCUGCUAAGCUGGUUUGGCAACUUCACCGUGACCAUGAUAAGGCAACAUCUUAUUUUGAACGAGCUAUUCAAGCGACUCCUACAGAGAGCCAUAUUCUUGCUGCAUAUGCUAGUUUCCUUUGGGAGACUGAAAACGAUGACGAAGAUGAGAGCUGACUCUGUCCCCGACGCGGUUUCUCUAGGAGAAGCUGUUGGUUCAGCAAGUGCUUAGCUUGCAACUUUUCUAGUCAGCAUAGACCUUAGAAAACCGACCAUUUCGGAUGAUACUUGGGGUUCUGCUCAUAAUUUCAGCGGUGGGACAUAAGGUGAUGGAUUAUUGAGAGGUCAUGACGAGGCAGGAGCCACUUGAGUCCACCAAGUUGAGAUCUGUAAGUGCCAUUCGCUGCCGGAGGUGAAUAAGUCGGCUCAUGGAACCAAUUUUGUGGCGAAUACUGGAUAAGUGUACGAAUACGCAUGUAUGAGUCCGUAUUAUGUUUAGGAAUAAGUC